UCAUGCCAACUACACCUUCUAAUAUCUCCUUCAAGUUUCAACAUUAACAUCACUAAUUCUAAAAAACAAAAAAACCAUUCAACCAUUUGUGCAAUUUUCUUAACACACCCUCUCUCUCUCUCAACCAUAACUAACAUUUAAUAACACCGCCAUAAUGCACCGACUUCAAAUGUAAAGAAACAACAACAACAGCAAAAACAUGACCAUGGACCGAACAUCAUCACAGGGAAGUUCACCAGACUCACCAUCACGCGCCACAAAAGUAUUAUCCAUCGAAUGUUUCAGAGGAACUUCCAAAUCCGAUGAAUGGACCGGCGACAUGCUACAAACCGGCGAUAUAGUUGAAGAGCUCCGACUCGGAGGCUCAGCCAACUCACUGAUUCGGUUUAAAUCGCCUUUUAAGAACGGUAUGAGCGGUGUUAAUAAGAUCCUUCAAGAAGCGUAUAAGAAAAAAAACAGUUCUAUCCUUGUUCGAGUUCGUCGUGGAAUUGAUGUGUUCGCUGAGUUGCAGGCUUGUAUUGUUCCUAAUGAUGUGUCUGGGAAUAAGAAGUGCUAUGUUCUUAGGUCUAUUACUGAUCCUAAUUAUCUUGUUGGCUUUUUGGAUCGAACUGAAGCUGAGUGCUUCCAACUCCAAGCUACAAGGACCAGUAGGAUGGUAAAUGAGCUAACACAAACCCGAAUACAAGAUGGAUUUGUCUCGUAUCCUUGGGAGAGGAGGAUGCAGGAGUUGCUAUCAGUUCCCAAUUCAAGCAACUUUCUUUCCAUAUUACUUCUUCCCAAAGUUUCAGAUAGGGUAGCUUCUCGCUACAAUGACGUGGAGGACACACUAGCCAGAGCUAACGCAUGGCUUAAUGCAGCUCAAGGUUCAGGGGUCCCUAUUGUCUUUAUGAAUAUUCAAACCGAGUCUUUACUUACCAAGAUAUCUGGAGAGACUGCUUCUUCCACUGUAAACACAGGGUCCUUAUCCGACUUAUGCAACAUUGCAAAUGCAAGCCUUUAUGGUUUCGAAGAUUAUCACGGAGUAGACAUUGGUGUUGUUAGAGCAAUUCGACUAUGGUAUGCUCCAAUGGGAGGAGAGUUCUCAAUAGAGAUAAAACUAAGAGACGAUGACUCAAAGCUUGGCUUUUCGAUUAGUCGUACAGAAGAGGGUUUUAUAUUCAUCUCAUCAUCAGUUACUGAUGAAGGUAAAGAAAGUUCACCAGCCACACGGUCAGGUCUAAGCAAACUAUACAAACAAGCAACAGAAACUUCAAGGCUGUUAGUAGUUUCAAGGCUUUCAAAUCAAAGAGUCCUUCCAUGGAUGGUUUCAUCAACAGGAGCAAUUCGAUGUUACGACACAGUUUCAUUGAGCCAGAAACUCUCUUUACACCGACACACUAAAGUUCCUAUUCUCCUACAUGUCUUCCUUUGGGACAGAGCAACGACUACUUCAAAUGUAGAAAGUACAAAAUCAAGACCCUUAUCUCCAUCUGUGUUACCAUUACCAUCUGAAGUUCAAUCCCGUGAAGGUUCUGAUUCAGGUGAUAUCAAUACCAGUGAUAGUUCUCAGCCUAUGCAGCUUGAGAAAGACACAGCCGGGGACGUCUCAUUCAGAUUCCAGGACUUCUCCUUGUCCUCCACCAACUGGGUAUGAACACGAUGAUACACAAGAUUGUAACGAACGUAAGUACCUUGAUGUACAUACAAGAUGAUAUGCUAGAUUGCUUUUAGAAUUUCUUAAUUUUAUUUUUUGAGUAGGGAUAAUUAGUGAGUGUUACUACGUGAAUGAGUGUGACUGCUAUUUGAAUACUACAAAGAAAGUUUGUGCUUAGUAGGGACUACUGGUUUGAAAGACGCAAUAAAUUCAACUUUGAAAAUGGUUGGUCUGUCGGCGCCUGCAAUAUGAGAAUACUACUACUACUAUAAUAGAGGAGAGAGGGUUUCUGAAAAGAAAGGCUUGUUGAUGUUGAAUGCUAAGAAUACUUUACAGAGUCAAUGACAAUACUUGGGCCUACGAGCUGCUUCUAGUCAA